AUGUCACACGCAGUCGCAUCUUCCUCGAGCCAGCCUCUGGUUGACGACGGCUAUCAAUCUGACGGGGCUGCAUCCGAUAUAUCUGAUGCGCCCAUUGAGGAGAACGAGGCCAUAGUCAAGUCUUAUAGGAGGUCUCGCUCAGGAUGCUUCAUUUGUCGUUUGAGGAGGAAGAAAUGCGAUGAGACUCGUCCCGUAUGCGCAUCGUGCUCCAAGCUUAGUCUGAAAUGCGAUUACAAAAUGCCUCAUUGGUGGCAGAAUCCGGAGCUGCGCCGAAGGCAGAUGGAUAUGAUCAAGAAAAGGGUUCGUCAAACUAGAAUCAUGAAAAAAGAGGGAAAUUUAGAAGAGUAUAUGAACCGAGUUCGCGCUCUUGCUCAAAAGCCACCUAUGCCUGUGGAAUUUUCUUUCAAUCAACCAGCUUUCCUAGAGCAACAGAGUGCUUUGCUACAAUCACUCCCAACCUCGGCUAUGUCCAGUGGCAGUCAAUCCAAGGCUCAGCAGGAUAACCUUUUGACUAGCGCAGCUCUUCCUUUGACCCCGAGUUUCUUUCCCAGCUCCACGUUCAAUCAGAGCUCGCUCUUUACCCAGGGUCCUGUGCUGCCUACACCACCGGCUUAUCCCCAGACCCUGUGUCUACCACCGACUCCGGUAUCCGCACUUCCAACCGCAACAUUUGGAACGCCUUCAAUCCCACAGCUCUCGACAUUCACAGAAACGCCUUGUCCUCUUCAAGCUCAAAGCUUUGCCCAUGCGCAAUCGGUGGGCUCGGCUUGCUCUUUACCAUCGAAAAAUUCUAUGGGAGUGGCACAGCUGUCGUCGGGAGCGCUACAACUUCCUGGUUCAAGCUGGCUUCCGCCAAUCGUCGGACCACCGCAGCCUGGGUCUCAGCAGCCGUCCAACCAAUUGAGCAAUGCGCUAUCAUUGCUUUUAGGUGGCUACAGACCAUUGUCUGAGUCAUUGCGCAGUCUGAUAUCGGUGGAAGAUCGAGACCGACCACUUCUCGACCAUUUUGUUGACAAUGUUUUGCACACCUUGUUCCCAUUACUGGGGUUGACACAGGCUUCUUCUCUACAUACCAGCGAGAUAUUGUAUCUUAUGCAAACCAAUCGCUCGUAUCUCCACUGUUGUCUUAGCAUGUCGGCGAUACAUCUCAAGAACAGUAUGCGCCUGGAGGAUCAAAUGGACUUUGACAUUGUUCAACAUCGGUACGCGGCGAUCUCGCAGCUUUCCCGACUUUUGAACCGUGGAACCGGGCAUAUACAGGUCAUGGAUGCAACGUUGGGGUUGAUAUUUUAUCACUGUUCCGCGGGUACCUCCGAUGAUUACCUACCCGACAUUCCAUGGAAUCAGCACUUCCGAGCUGUCUCGGACCUUGUCAAGAAACUCAAUUGCACCCCCAGCCAAUUCAAUAUUUCUCUCAUCGCAUGGAUCGAUAUUAUCGGAGCUACAAUGCUUGGUACCACACCGGAAUUUGCUCAUACCUACCGCACUAAGCAUUUGAGUGGUAUCUCAUCAGGGCUCCAACAGAUGAUGGGGUGUGAUGAUCGCGUGAUGUAUCUGAUCUCCGAAAUCACUUGCCUAGAAUCCCUCUACAUUGAGGGUCGAGUCGAUGACAUGUCCCUUUUCCAGCACGUAUCUGCUCUUAAUUCACAGAUCAACUGGACCGAGCCCUCGAAUCCCGCAGUCGAAAGCCCUUACACGUCAGAAGGGGUGUUGAAACCGGAGCAACUUACCAAGAUCGUGACAGCAUUGUUCCGCAUCGCAGCUCGCAUUUAUGUUCAUAGUAUUCUCCCUACGUUCGACAGCUACGAUCCUAUUAUUAUGAGCUGGAUCACAUCAGUAGGAGAGAUUCUGCAAUGCAUUCCUGCAGGCCCAACAGGCUUCGACCGUUGUUUAGUCUGGCCUCUAUUCAUCGCAGGUAUCUACUCGGUGCCUGCAAGCCACUUUCGCAAGACCAUAGCCGAACGGGUCGCAGCUCUCGGCUUCCUAGGUCAUUUUGGGAGCAUCAGUCGCAUGUAUCGUGUACUGAAGCAAUUCUGGCGGGUUGCGGAUGAGACAGCCUCAUUUCCCGGAAGUGGCACCAAGCCUCGCAAGCACCAACCCGCCCCUGCAUUGACAGCUGACGGGGUAGGAGUGCAGCCGGCUGAACAGUGCUCGGAGGAAGGACAGUAUCCACAUGAAGAAACCAAGAACCAUAUUCACUGGCGCGAGAUCAUGCGAAAGAAAAAGUGGAAUUAUCUGCUGAUGUAG